AAAAAAAACAGCAUGAGAAAAAAAACAGACUCUUCUGACCUGCAGAUACGACAGUCUACAUGCUGAAAUCGUGAAGAGGAUGGUGCUUGAGCCUAGGACAUCACACACACCUGCUCUCCUGCUGUCCCAGUCUACCAAAGCUGCUGAUAGCGCCCCCGGCGCAACUCCGCCCCCUGCCCUCCCACUUCUCCGCCCCUCCCCUUUUUUCACCCUGCGUCCGCUUCAAGUCUCCCUUCCCCCGUGGCUCCUCCCAAUCCCCGCCCCCGCUCCUCCCCUUCCCUUUCAGACUUGCCAGUGAAGGGAAAAUGAAAGUGAAAUAAGGAGGCGGUGCUGAGUCCGCUGAGAAGGUCCCUUUAAGGUCUCCACAGCAUUGCUUAAACAGAACGUCACCCUUAUGGCCACGGCAAUGCCCCUAGAAAUGAUGUGGGAGGAGGUCACAUGCCCUAUCUGCCAAGAUCCCUUUGUGGAUCCAGUGAGCAUCGAAUGCAGCCACAGCUUCUGCCGGGAAUGCAUCUCUCAAUUUGAAAAAGAUGAGGGCAGUGUCUGUCCUGUGUGCCAGUGCCACUUUCUGCUCAGGAACCUCCAGCCCAAUCAUCAGGUAGCCAACAUGCUGGAAAACCUUAGAAAAAUGAGCCUGGACACCAAGGAGGACACCCCAGGGGCACGGUGUGCAGUGCAUAGAGAAAAGCUUCACCUGUUCUGUGAGGAAGAUGGGAAGUUGCUUUGCUGUGUGUGUGCCCAGUCUGGUAAACACCGUGACCACGCCAUGGUUCCUAUUGAUGAGGCUGCUCAGGAAUACCAGGAGAAGCUCCAGAUGGCAUUGGAAAAACUGAGAAAAAAACAAGAGAUAGCUGAGAAGUUGGAAAUGGAGGUUGCGAUGAAGAGAGAUGACUGGAAGAGGAAGGUUCAGAUACAGAAAUCCACAAUUCAUGACGAGUUUGUGAAGCAGAAAAACUUCCUGGUUGAAGAGGAACAGAGACAGCUGCAGGAGCUGGAGGAGGAUGAGAGGGAACAGCUGAGACUCCUGGGGAACAAACAGGCUAAGCUGACCCAGCAGAGUCAGGCCCUGCAGAAGCUGAUCUCAGAGGUGGAGCACAGGAGCCGCAGCUCAGCACUGGAGCUGCUGCAGGAGGUGAAAAUUGUCCUGGAAAGGAGUGAGUCCUGGAACCUGAAGGACCUGGAUAUUGUUUCCCCAAACCUGAGGAGUAUGUGCCGUGUGCCAGGGCUGAAGAAGAUGCUGAGGACAUAUGGAGUGCACAUCACUCUGGAUCCAAACACAGCCAACCCGUGGCUCAUCCUUUCUGAGAACCGGAAACAAGUGAGACUGGGAAACACUCAGCAGAAGGUGUCUAAGAAUGAAGAGAGAUUUGAUAAUUAUCCCAUGGUCCUGAGUGCCGAAUCUUUCCACUCUGGAAAACGUUACUGGGAGGUAGAUGUGACUGGAAAGGAGGCCUGGGACCUGGGAGUUUGUAGCGAUUUGGCACAGAGGAAGGGGCUUUUUCUACUCAGCUCUGACAGUGGCUUCUGGACAAUUGGGUUGUGGAGCAAACACAAAUACAAGGCUAGCACGUGCCCCUUGACGCCCCUCCACCUUCAGGUGCCUCCGUGCCGAGUUGGGAUUUUCCUAGACUAUGAGGCCGGCACUGUCUUCUUCUACAACAUCACUGACCAUGGCUCCCUCAUCUUCAUCUUCUCUGGAUGUGCCUUCACUGGACCUCUACGGGCCUUCUUCAGUACUGGUUUUAAUGACAAUGGAGGAAAUGCAGCCCCUCUGACCCUCUGUCCACUGAAGAUUGAAUAAUAGGGACCCACUGACUCUUAAUGGAGCUCUCUGGGCACUGCCACCCUCCCCAUUGGAACCCUUUCUGAUCCUCAGACACUGCCUUUUUCCCAUGAGCUGUGAACCACAUUUGUCUCUACAGAGGCAUCAGAAUCCCAGCCAGCAGGCUUUAGUGGCACAGUCUCUUCAAUACUGAUAUUUCUGCCUCAGAUUGCUUUCUGAUUCCCUCCAGGGAAGCACACUCCUCAUAUUUGGCCCAAAUUCAUCUGGAUCAACCAAAAAUGUGAUUCUUCCUUCUUGAUGUGACUUCAGUUCUGUUUACUCCUCUGUAUCUCUAGGUUGUUGCCUUCCGAUCUCUGUUAUAUCUUGCAUCGUUUGCAAAAGGGCUUACUGAAAAAAUGGUACUUUAAUCUAUCCCAUUCAGUCUGUCUUCCUUAAUCUUGAAAGAGUUGACAGCUCUGAAUGUAAUUAAUAAUGAUGUAUCUAUAACAUU